CAUCCACACUAGCAGGAGUGCAGUCAGUGAGCCCAUCCACUCGGCUGAGCUGCUCAGAGAUGGCGUCCCUUCUGCAGCCGGAUAGAGUUGUCUAUCUGGUUCGUGGAGAGAAAAGGAUCAGAGCCCCUCUAUCCCAACUUUAUUUCUGUCGCUAUUGUAGUGAGCUACGGUCUCUGGAAUGCGUGUCUCACGAGGUGGACUCCCACUAUUGUCCCAGCUGUCUGGAGAACAUGCCGUCUGCAGAGGCUAAGCUUAAAAAGAACAGGUGUGCAAAUUGUUUUGACUGCCCAUGUUGCAUGCACACGCUGUCCACUCGAGCCACCAACAUCCCAGCUCCUCUGCCCGAUGAUCCGACCAAGACGGCCAUGAAGAAGGCCUACUACCUGGCCUGUGGCUUCUGUCGCUGGACCUCCAGGGACGUGGGAAUGGCUGACAAAUCAGUUGCCAGCGGUGGAUGGCAGGAGCCAGACAACCCUUCUACUCAGCGGAUCAAUAAGCUGAUCGAGUAUUACCAGCAGCUGGCCCACAGAGAGAAGCAGGACAGAGACAGGAAGAAGCUGGCCAGGAGGCGACAGUGCAUGCCUCUGGCGUUCUCGCAACACACUAUUCAUGUGGUGGAGAAAUAUGGCCUCGGAACCCGACUGCAGAGGCAGAGGUCUGGAGCUCCCAUAUCCAGCCUGUCUGGCCUUUCCCUGAAAGAGGGCGAGGACCAGAAGGAGAUCACCAUCGAGCCGGCCCAGGCCCUGGAUGAAGUGGAACCCCUGCCCGAAGACUGUUAUACCAGGCCCAUCAGCCUACCGGAGGUGACCACGCUGCGCCAGCGGCUCCUGCAGCCCGACUUCCAGCCUGCAGGGGCGUCUCAGCUCCACCCCAGACACAAACACCUCCUGAUGAAGCGCUCGCUGCGCUGCAGGAAAUGUGAGCACAACUUGAGCAAGCCAGAGUUUAACCCGACUUCAAUCAAGUUUAAAAUACAGCUGGUGGCUGUGAGUUACAUCCCCGAAGUGAGAAUUAUGUCCAUUCCAAAUCUCCGGAACAUGAAGGAGAGCCAAGUGCUGCUGACUCUGACCAACCCAGUGGAGAACAUCACCCACGUCACCCUGGCUCCCUGUGAGGAUGAAGAUCCGGACGACAUCAACAGCACAGCGAAGGUUAUGGUACCCAGCAAAGAACUGGUCUUGGCAGGGAAGGAUGCUGCUGCUGAGUACGAUGAACUGGCUGAACCCCAGGACUUUCAGGAUGACCCAGAUGUUGUUGCCUUCAGGAAAUCCAACAAGAUUGGUUUCUUCAUCAGAGUGAUCCCUCAGAAGGACGAGGACGCGGAUGUCACCGUUUCAUUUAAGAUCCGACACGACUUCCGCAACCUCGCUGCUCCCGUCAGGCCGAGCGAGGAGGGAGCCGACACCGCCGCCGCCGCCGCCGAGGCCAUUUGGCUCACGCACCACGUAGAGCUGAGGCUGGGGCCACUCGCUCCCUGAACAUGAAUACUCUGUUUGCUAUCAAACAGUCCUAGUAUCGAGCUCUUUCAACCAAUUUCUGUGGGACGAGUUUAAUUUAAACAUGAUUUCUGAUUCUGCUCAUUGACGUGUAAGAACUACGUGCGGUCUGCUCGGCAUGCCGCUGUGCCAGAGUUUUAGUUGCGUCACCAGAUUACAUGGUGGAGAAUGCAGUGAUUGCAUUACAGCCCACUUUAUAAAACUACAUGAAACCAUGACUGGUUUACAUUUUGUUUAUCAAAUUAUGACUACAUACUGUAUUUCACCGCAUCGUGACUCUCCUCACCUUAAACACUACCGUUAACAAUCACUUUUAGUGUGAAGCAGAACCUCAUGUAUACACACCGCCAUUCACAAGUGUGGAGUCACCUGUUGUGUUCAAAUCUAUUAUUUACCAAAAGAAAGUGCUCAGUGUUUAAAAACUUCAACACACAGUCGGUGUCUCUAUAGUGUUACCAGCCAGGGGAGAAUACUGUUGUGUUGAGAAUACCCAAAUAGUCCCAAACUUGAACGGCAGUGUACAUAAUAUUACUUAUUAGGAAAAUGCUAAGUUUUGUUUUUAACCCUCCACCCUUUUUUGUUCGAGUGUGACAAAGGUUUUGUCUCUGUGCCGCAUAGAGUAUUUUCUUAAAUGGCAAAGUAUGUUGUCCUAUUCCAUGUGUCAGCUGUGGAUUUGUUUUGGUAUAUUGGUCUUUAAUACAUGUCGAAAAUAGCAGUUCAUGUUGAAAGAUGAGUGAGUUGAUAUACGUUAACGUAACAUCGAGAAUAAAUGAGCGAUGAGCAGAAUCAGAACGAGUCCCCAUUGUGCAGCACUCUGCUCCGCGCUUUCAGCUUAUGCAUCCUCGCCAACAUCCUUUCUCUGCAGACGGUAAUAUCGUAUUAACUCGCAUGCGUCAGCUAUAGCAGGUAUGGCACACGGUAGACAAUGUCGUCCCACUUACUGAUCUACUGUUUUCAGAUCAACAGACAAGCUUCUCCUUGGGUUGAAUCGUUUUAUUAUUGUUUUAAGUCAAACCGUAACCUUCACUGGCACCGUGGGGAGGAAGCUCUGUAGAUCACAUUGCAGUACAAAGUGUUGAUUAUUUAAAUAUUUUGAGACACUAUCAUUUUUUUUUCUGAUUUAAUAUCAAAUGUAUCUUCCUGGUUUGUAGAGCUCACUGACCUCUCUGCCAGUAUAUAUCGUGAGCUGCUGUCAUUUUUGGUCCGCAAGUGUGUUAGUAAAACAGAGCCUUCCAACACAGUUAAUCUUCUGUACAGGCUAAUAAAAUCAUGUGAUACUGUCACAGUACUCUUG